AUUUUUCUGCCAAAUCAAUUUGGGUAAGAAAAUAUAACCAUGUCAAAAAUUCUCAAAAUGUUGAAUCUCAUCUUUUACACGAAAUCAAAACUGGCAGAAAUAAAUCAGACAGAUUAAUGCUUGGAAUAGGAAUCUCAUAG